UCUUCGAUUCAAUUCCAUAGCGUCUGUUUCUCGCAUUUCUCCUUUGUUGAAGCAGCGUUGAUGUAUUCGACAUUCUUCUUUGAAUCUCAUCUGGAGAUGUCGUUUUCCUCUGCUAUUUCAAGGUAUGGCUUCCUCAAAUCCCCUCUCUUUUUGCAAUCUUCGCUGCCUGCUUUCCUUCUUUCUCUCCCUUCCGCCCUUAGUCUGCAAUGCUUUCUACAUUCCCAUUCCGAAAACCCUAAUAGCCUCCGAGAUCCUGUUGCUUCGUUCAAUCGCUUGCUCUCCAUGAGUCCGCGGCCCUCCAUUGUCGAAAUUAAUAAGAUUUUAGGAUCACUUGCAAAGUCCAAACACUACCAAGUGGCUAUCUCACUUUCUGCCCAGGCUGAAUUGAAAGGAUUCCAACCAUCUUUAGUUACGCUGUCCAUUUUGAUCAAUUGUUAUUGUCAUGUGGGUGACAUGGCUUCUGCUUUCUCUUCAUUGGGUAAGACUUUCAAAUGGGGUUAUAAACCAAAUACUAUAACAAUGACUACGUUGGUGAAAGGACUCUGCAUGAAAGAUGUAGGGAAGGCGCUGGACUUUCACGAUGACCUGUUGACAAAAGGAUUUUGUUUAAACGCAUUUACUUAUGGUACCUUGGUUAAUGGACUGUGUAAAGCUGGAAAAACGAGAUGUGCUGUUAACUUGCUUCGAAUGAUGGGAAGACGGAGAAUUAAAACUAAGCCUGAUUUGAUUUUAUACAACACAGUCAUUGAUGGCCUUUGUAAAGAAGGGCUUGUAAGUGAGGCAUCUCAAUUGUGUUCUGAAAUGAUGAGCCAAGGAUUAUGUCCUGAUAUUGUCACAUACAGCACCUUAAUUCAUGGUUUCCUCUGCGUCAACCAAAUGCAACAAGCUGCUGAACUUCUAAAUGAAAUGGCUUUGAAAGACAUCACUGCUGAUCUUUGUACCUUUAAUAUCCUAGUCAAUGGAUUUUGCAAAAGAGGAAGGAUCGUAGAAGCUCAAUCUGUCCUUGCCAAGAUGAUGAAAUGCUCUAUAAAACCUGAUUCUGCUAUAUUCAACGCUUUGAUGCAUGGGUACUUUAUGAGGAAUAGUGUUGAUGAGUCAAGAGAAGUUUUCAACAAGAUGAUCAAAAAUGGCUUCGCACCUAAUGUCUGGAGUUACAAUAUAUUGAUUAAUGCACAUUGUAAAUUAAAAAUGGUGGAUGAAGCGCUAGAUCUUCUUAAAGAAAUGCGCUGCAAAAAUUUGGUUCCUAAUAUAGUCACUUACAGCUCUCUUAUUGAUGGCUUGUGCAAAGCUAAGAGAUUCUCAUAUGUGCAAGAUCUUGUUUAUGAGAUGCGUCUUAAUGGCCAAGUUCCUAAUAUAAUAACCUACAAUAUUUUGUUGGAUGCAUUUUGCAAAAUGAAACUUCUUGACAAGGCAAUUGCAUUAUACCAGCAAAUCAUCAACCAAGGAAUGCAACCUACAAUGAGGACAUGCAAUAUAUUGAUUGAUGGUCUGUGCAAGGGUGGUAAGCUAAAUUUAGCACAUGAGAUCUUUGAAUUCCUUUUGACCGAAAGCAAUCAUCUAAAUGUCUGCACUUACAACAUUAUGAUGAAUGCACUUUGUAAAGAAGGCUUGUGCAGUGAAGCAUUGGCAUUGCUUUCAACAAUGACAAAGAAUGGGUGCCUUCCUAAUUUGGUGACAUUUAAAACGUUAGUGGGAGGUCUUUUGAAGAAAAAUGAGAAUGAUAAAGUAGAGAUGCUUAUUCAUGAAAUGAUUGGUCGAUGUCUUCUAAAAUGGUAAAAAUAAGGUCACGAUACUUCUGAUCAUUGCUGUACUUGUUAAGAUUCAUUCGAAAUAUAUGGGGAAAAAAAAAGUGGUUCCUUCUUUGGGUUGAUGAAGUUGUACUAUUCAAUUGGUUGAUUGCUCUUGAAGAUGUUUUGUUGAAGUCAUGUGCUAGUAUAUUAACUUUGGUUUGUAUUCUUA